AGGAAUUCCAGAGAGCUGUCCGUAUCUCAACAGGGCAGACAUUGGACCCGUAUGUAGUUCACACGGUAUUUCAACUAUUCGAUAAAGACGGUGAUGGUAAACUAAGUUAUAGCGAGUUCAUAGAGUUGAUGAAGGAUCGCCUCAAGCGUGGAUUCAUGAAGGGAAUCCUUCCGCGAACGUGGUUCUCAACAACAAGGGACUUUGCCCAGAGUGUUUUGAUUGUCAUGUUUAUCCGGAAGUGUCAAAAAAAAAACACUCGGAAAACUUGAGUCGAUUUAUUUUUUCUGUUCACAGGAAGCACAAUGUGUCAGCACAGCAGUUUUUAAGCGUUUUACAAAUGUUCACACGUAGAUACAACUUCCGUGGUGCUGUUCAAAUAACAACACUUAUGUUCCUUGUUUGUGAAAAUGUCAACGGGUAGCGAACACACGGGUCUAAUUAUAAGCGUGACGGGAAGUCAUCAACUUGCGUGACAAGUUUAGUUUCAGUACCAAAUGCGUUUAGUCACACUUGAGCUAUAACGCCGGUUGAUAGUAUUGGUGUGAGUUAUUCAUCGUAUUUGACAGGUCUCUUCAGGCUCAGUGGUUUAAGUGUGAGCUCUUGUCGUGUUAGUAAAUCUCUUCAGUACUGUAUCUUUUUCGUAGCCCUCUUGGCAUUUUGUCGGAAGUUUUUCAAGUGUCUUUAUUGCCAUUCUUCGGACCGUUCUCGGUCCUUGAUUGUAGAGUGAAUUGUGCAGUGGUAACUACUCAACUUUUAAAUCACAUUUUUCUCAGUAAAAUCUCUGUUGCCGUCGGAAUUGGGACCUACUUCGAAGUUUCUGUACCUUUUUAAACUCGUUUAGGUCAAGUGUAAUCUCUGUGAAGUGUUAAUCUAUGUUGAAACUAUUUAAUACCUUUUUUUUUUCUUCCUAUUGUCUUUUUUUUCCAAUUUCGCUCCGAAAUGAUAAGUACUUAUUUUUAAUUUUAUUGACACUCGAGUAUGUGGUAUGUGAGGUGUUUAUUUUCUGAUGUGUUCCUUCGUCGGAAUGCUUUGUGUCGCCACUGAUGUCGUGGAGUUUUGUAUAUAAACACAAUUGUAUCCUUGCAGUGAAUUUAUGCAGCGUAAUGUAAUAAAAACUUAUGUAUCCAUCAGGUACCAAAUCGUCUUCGUUUAGGUCAAAUGUCGAAACUAAAUACAUUAAUCUUGUAAUGUAUCUAUUUCAAUGACUGAUGGCGACGCCUUAUUAGCAGUGAGAUGAACAUAAAGUGUCACAGUCAUUUCCUGUCUACAGAUCGCCUUGUGUGGCAUGGGAUUGAUUGAAGUAUGGUACUAAUUUGUGACUUAUGACUUAAAGAAGAGGUGCGACCGGUUAUUCAAAGUGGCAUCUUAUUGAAAUCUCUUAUA